AUAAUGAUGAAUGAAAAAUAUGAACUGUUAUAAAAUAUGAUAAAGUGGUUGGUUUUCUCGAUUAAAUGUAAUUAGCAAGCAAAGAAUACCAUUUUUUUCAACCUCUCUCCACCCCUAUAUUGUGAGACUUGGUUGCGCCCAACCCAUCCUCCCGCCUCUUCUCAAGCGGCAGCAGAGAGCAAUAGCAAGAUGAGCGCAAAAGACCGACAACUUAAAACUAUUGGUUGGUCAACAACAAAAAGAGAAAAAUCUCUUCCCGACAGUAGAUUCAAGAAAGUGAAUGUAGCAGCAGGGCAGGAGAGCGAAAGGAGGCACAGAUGUCCAGGUAAUCAGAAAAUGAUGCUGAGGCAGUUUAUGCUGAUGAAGCAGCAGGAUCAAGUCAGACACAUGAAGACCUGGCUGCUGACAGGAAGAAAUUUUGUGGAGGAGGAAGGAUCGGGGGAGAUAAAACAUCUCCUUGUGGCUGAAGUGUUCCUCCUGGAGGAACCAGAGAGUGAAGCCAAAACUGAAGCUGCCAGCACUGAGGUUGGAAGACUGCUGAUUGACUCAGCAGUACCCUGUCUCUCUCAGUAUGGACCUGUCUCUACACCUCUUCUGCUCGAGGUUUGCACUGUAGCAGGAUGGUACGUGGUCAUAGCCAUCUUUGAGAAAUUUGACCAUCACUCCAAGACUUUUCACCUGAUGGAUUAUGAUGAAAGCUCUUUCUCUGCCAGAGAGGGUGUUAUCUCUGCCAUCCAGGACAUGGACUGUGAAGUGCAGACUGCUGCAUCACCCUCAGCUCAGCACCUCAGAGGGGUUAUAAGAGGGACCCAUGGAGGAGAGGGAGGCUUCUCUGACAUAGACAGACACACAGACAUACAGACACACAGACAUAUAGACACAGACAUACAGGCAUACAGACACAUACAUACACACAUACAGACACACAGACAUACAGACAGAUUCCUUCCUUUAGUAGAUAGAUUCUGGAUUAUUUAAUGGAGAGAAAGGAGUAGAUGUAAUUUGAAGAAAUAGUAUAGAAAUAGUAUUUUUAUGUCAUAAAACUAACUAGAGGGUAAAUAAUCUAAUGAAGGUGGAAUUACUAAAGCUCCAGUCUUACUGUGUAUCAACUGUUUUGAGAAUUAAAAAUAUCUUCUUGAAUAUGAACCACACAGUAAAUGAAAUGAUAGGUUCUGUUUUAUAACCGAAAUGAGUUUUAAUAUGUUACUUAUUUCAGUUAUCUGCUUGUAUUUUUCUGACUUUUAAACCUAAUUAACAUGGUUAUUUUUGCACACAGGAAAUCUGGGCCAGGUAGAGUUUUCCAGAUUAUAAAAACUGUGCACAAAUACACAGAGUGGGAUGAAUGGGGUGUUAAUGAGUGCCUCCUAGCAGGUUAAUCUGUCUAUGAGUGAAGUGUGUUAGUGUGAUUAUAGUGAAGUGUAAUUGUGGCCAAAUGUCAACAGUGUACUGUGUAUUUUUUGUGCAUUUAGGUAUGUCAAGUACAGUUUUAAUUCUAUUAUUCAUCUAUGAUGUGGUUAUAAAUAUAAUAUCAAACAAGCUUGUAUUUUAGAUUAUAAUAUGAUGCACUUGUAAAAUGAUUUGAAAAAAUGAUAGUAUAUGCAGUAAUUUUAAACACAGAAAGUUCUUCUUGAUGACAAAAUAAACAAUCAUUGUGGGUGUACCAGGAAAAAAAGGAGAAAAGGAGAAGGAGAGGAACAAGUGGGCCUGAUUCUUAAAGCAUUUUGACAACUUUGCAUAUUUGUUAAUGACCUAUUUUCCUUAUAACCCUCGGGGAAGGCCCAUUAGAUUAUUUGGGACACAAAUAAAUGGAAAUACCAAAUGUUAAUUUGCCUGACGUCACUGAAGCAGUGUAAUACAAAACCAAAGCCUCGUGCUUAUGUUUCAGGUUACGUUGAUGUGUAUAACACAGUGAGCUUGGGAACUCUGUACUGUAGGAGCUCAUUUACACCACAUGUUUAACAACAUGUUUAAUUUAAACUGGUUAAAAAGAUGUUUGAACAAUCCUACCAGUUUAUCUGGAACAUUCCAUCUCACAUUUUUAACAAAAUGGGUGAUUUAAGCUUUCUGUUAUCUUGCACGUUUUUUUGUAAACUACCUGUUAAACUGUCAAAGUUUCAUCAAUAAGCUCUGUUAGCUUGAAAGAUCUGCCAUGUUCACAGUUUUUCUCCACAUAAAGCCUUACUCUGGAACAAUGCAGAUAUCACAGUUCAAAAUAAGUCAAUAUUUCCUCCCAGUUGGCAUGAAAAAGGUAUUGAUAACAUUGUUUUGUGAUCUGAUGAUUCAGGUUCUUUACUUACAUAUGAACAAUGUCUCCACUAAUUUGAAUUUCCCAUUCAUUUAAUUCAGUUCAGUUUAAUUCAGUCAUUAAAGCUGUUCCUUGUGCUCCAAUGCAUCUUGCCAAAUCCCAUCUUAGCUCUGGGGAAACAUUAACUGUACACACUAAACCGCUCUGAGGAGGUGUUCAACUAACUGAUAGGAAGUGUAGCAGUAAUUUUACACGUGAAAUUCUUCACAACCAAAAUAAAAUUGUUCCAAAAGGUAAAUUCUAUUGGGCUUUGAUCACUGAUAACAUAAAUUGGAGGAAAAAAUGGCUUUUACUUUAUAAUAAGGUAAAAGAAAGGCAUUUUGAAAUUCUACAUGGUAUCUAUCCUGUUAAUUCCUUUAUUGCAAAAUAUGUGGACAUUGCAAAUCUGUGCUUUUUGUAUUGCUCAUCUUUUCUUUCACUGUGAUGUCAAACAGACUUUUUGGCAAGAACUUGCUACCCUUGUUUUCAGCUUCAUUGAUGAGCCAUGGCUAAAUUUUAUAUCCAUAAAUGCAAAUUUUCUAAAUCCCCACCUCAUUUGCUGCCUUUCCUUGCAGAAAUUCCUGCUUUGUUUAAGCCAUAUGAGGAACCACAAAAGUGCCAUCCUACUGUCUCGACACUCAGAACUCAUUUAUUUAAACAUGUAAUCUUUAUUUUUUUAUUUAUUGUGUUCAGUUCUCUUUUUCUUUUGUGAUUUUUUA